GUUUCAUAUUCUUCCGCACCUUGAAAGAAAAGGGGAAAAAACCCUCACACAUAUCUACAUAUACGCACAUCCACCUGCUCUUUUUCACUCGAUUGCUUUCACCGGCUGGUCUUACAACAAUAACAACAUCAGCAAAGGGAACAACAGGUACAGUAUCAAUAUGGAGGAGCGCGGUGAUGCUUUGAUGGCGGAGGGGGAAAAGCAGCUCAAGAAGCGGUCGUGGUUCUCGUCGAAUGACACCAAGAUUGAUGGGGCGCACGACAACUUCAUGCAGGCGGCGACGCAGUAUAAGGCAGCAGGGAACUUCGCCAAGGCCGCCGAGGCCUACAAGCGUGCGGCAGAGAUGUCGCACAAGAACAAGAGCGAGGGUGAUCAGUCCGUAGAAAUGGAAGAGGCGGCGAAGGCGUACGUGAAAGCCGGCGACGCCAAGACCGCUGCCGCGAUGUUGCGGGAAGUGGUGGACAUGUACGACAAAGGGCAGAAGUACACAAAUGCAGCCAAGGCGUGUGCUGCGCUGGGCGACAUUACAAUGGGCGAUGAGGCGAUGAAGUGGCUCCAGCAAGCCGUGCGCUACUACCGCAACCAAGGUGCCAAGGUAACUGCCUCUGAAAUUGUGAUCAAGAUGGCUGAUCUGAAGGCACGGUCAGGUGACUACGCAGGUGCGCAGCAGAUUUACGACCAGUGCGCGCGUGAGGCGUUAGAGGACCGCGUGGCACGCGGCAAUGCCCGUAAGCUGUUCUUCACCGCACUGCUGUGCCAGAUUGCGCAAAUGACGUCGGACAGUUUGAUGGAGGAUGUCGGCGUGCUAGAGGAGCGCUUUCAGGAGUAUCAGGAGUUGGACACGCAGUUCAACAUGAACACUCGCGAGCACAUGGUCAUCACGGACCUCAUCGCCGCAUUCCAAGGCGAGGAUGCUAACGCGUUCGAUGAGGCGGUGCGCGAGUACGACAACAUCUGUCCGCUCGACGACAUGCGCGAGAAGAUGAUCUUGAAGGGCAAGCAAGCUCUCCGCGAGCGCGCCAGUGACCUCCGGUAA